CACGCCCUUAUAAUUUUUAUUUUGAAAAAAAUAAAAUCACUUCUGAUUCCCCUAUAUCCUUUCUUUAAUUUUACACCCUUGAUUUUAAAAAGUGAAAAGACAAACAAAAAGGAAUUACAAAUAAAUAAAUAAAUAAAAUUUCAAGAUUCUAUUUUACGCGAGGAACCGUUUUCGUUUUCCUCCCAAUAUUAUUCUGUAUAUAUCCCUAUAAAUAAGUUGUUAUUCUUGUAUUUUUCUCCUCUCAUUUUCUGUCAUGCUUAUCUUCCAACUGUAAGUGUGAACCUAUUUUCUCACUCAUAAAUUAACAUUCAAAUUAAAAUCUAAUCAAAUCAACAGACAAAUUAUGGCAUCAAAUUUUCCACAAUUGAGUUUGAGCUUGCCAAAUCCUCCUGAAGUUUUAACCCGAUUUUUAGUCGCCGGAAUAUCGGAUUUGGGUGAACUUUCCAAGCUUAAUGGUUUUAUUAUCUGCCUCGAAGAUGAGCUCAAGAAGAUUCAGGCAUUUCACCGUGAACUCCCUCUCUCUUCCAUUAUCGUAAACGAUGCAAUUAGCAAAUUGAAAGAGGUUGCAAAGAAAAAUGAGGAAAAACAAUUUGAGAAGAAGACAUGGAUGAGCUCUGCUCAGCUAUGGAGUUCGACAACAGUAGGAGGCGGCGACUAUGAGCCGCAUAAAAAUGAAGGGAAAGGGGCAGUUUUGUCUUUCGAAAAAAAAGUUAGGGAAGAUGUCACGGGACUCUCGUUGGUACCUCCCGGUUUAAACACUUCUCUUGAAAUGGUUGAACCCGGUCCGGCUAAACUUCGAACCGGCGGAAUAUUUUCCGGUUCAGUUUUUGCCAAACCAGCAAUCAAACCGUCGUAUCAGACUACUAGAAAAAGACGUCGGUGUUGGUCGCCGGAGCUUCAUCGGCGAUUUGUAGAUGCCCUCGAAAGCCUCGGUGGGGCCCAAGUGGCUACUCCUAAGCAGAUAAAGGAGCUUAUGAAAGUGGAUGGGCUCACUAAUGAUGAAGUUAAAAGCCACUUACAGAAAUAUAGGCUUCAUGUCCGAAAGCUUCCAGCUGCUAGCAAAACCAAUCAAUUGACAACUGACUUAGGAAUGGACUAUGGAGAUCAGCUUGAAUUAGGCUGCUUGACAACGGACCUCCAGCAUUCAGGUUCUCCAAAAGGCCCAUUACACUUGGGGGAGUCGAGGAAAUGCAACUCUUCUAGUUUCGAAGAGGAUGAAGAGGAGAAAUCUGAUGGCCAGAGUUGAAAGGUUUAGCCUCAUAUAUAGAUCAUGAGAGAAUUGACAUACAUUAAUGUAUAGGUGAGUGCUAAUCAUACACACCUUUGGAACUAGGGUGGGUAUACUUGGUAUAAUAAUAGUAUGUAUAAUGUAUUGGAAUAGUAGAAUGCAGAGGUUUGACAUGCAUCGAAAACUAUUUAAUGUAACAAAGGGAGAUGCUGGGAACUGCUACGCUCUCCAUUUGGCAUUUUCCCUCAUUCGGGGCUUUAGUGAGGAGGGAUGAGGCCCUAACAAAUUUUGCAGCGAGAUUUAGGAAUAUCUCUUUUUCCCUAUUGUUUGUACUGAUGUUGAGUUAUAAAAUAACAUUGUGCCUC